UCCACAUCACUGGGAUCUCAGGGAAAGGGAGAAGGAGAAGAGUAGAGGCGAUUCAUUCUCUCAGGAUUUUUAAAAGGACCCGAGGCCGACGGCACAGCAGAAGACUCAAGCUCCUGCUUGUGAAGGAGAGACAAUACCAGGAGAUUAAGGAGAAGGCAAGUGAACGAGAAGCGUCGACUCUAAAGGACGAGCUCGACGAGCUGAAGGCGUUUGCGCCGCCGGUUGUCCGGGAGCAACGGCGUCUGAGCGAGCUGCUGGAGGAGCAGAGGCUCCGCGUUAAAGAACUGACCGCCGUCGCUGACCACGUCGAGCGGCAGGUCAGUGCUGCUCACCCCAGCGCAAAGGAGGAGCUCAAACCCCUGCACCGUAACCGAGUUUCCAUCUUCCGCCAAAGCCAGGGCGCCAUGACGACCCCGAGCCUGCUGUCAGAGGUGGAGUUGCUGAGGAGGAGGGUCGUGGAAAUGGAGGGAAAGGACGAGGAGCUGAUACGCAUGUGGGACCAGUGUCGAGACCUGGACCGCAGCCUGUCCAGGGAGACCAGCCACUGUCGGAGCUUGAAAGUGGAGGUGGAUAAACUCAAUGGGCGAAUCAGCGAAAUGGACCGGAUGGAGGAGGUUUUGGGGAAGAGCAAGCAGGACUGCGGUGUUCUGAAGGGCAGCUUGGAGCGAGAGAGGGAGGUCAGCAAGGCGCUGCGUGGCGAGCUGGACGCUCUGAAAACCAAGGUGAGGGAGCUGGAGGCCGCUGAAGGCCAACUGGGAAAGAGUGAGGCGGUGAUUAGACAGGACCUGGCCAAGCUCAGGUCACUGACCGUGGCGCUGGUGGAGGACAGAAAGACCACGGCCGAGAGGCUCCGACAGGCGGAGGAGAAGCUCAACAGGAAGGAGGGCAAAAGAAAUGAGCAAAGCAAUUUGGCAACGAUGACAGAGAGACUGAGAGAGGAGAGGCAGCAGGCACUGAGGUCAAAGGCCGAUUUAGAGGAGAGGAUGAAGGGCAUGGCGAAGGAGAAAUGUGACCUCCGAGACAGACUUCAAACCGAAGGGGAGAGGAACGGGGAGCUGCAGAGUAAAUACACGACGACGAAGAAGAGAUUACAGGUCUUGGAGAACCGGAGAGAGAGAGAGAAGUGCACACACGGCUCCCUUCCAAACAAUGCUGACCACCGCUGCCACUCGGAGGACAACAGAGUCAAGGAGUUGACCCUGGAGCUGGAGCGGUUGCAAAAGAGACUACGAGACAAGGAGGUGUUGGAGGAAGGAUUGAUGACGGUGGAAAAAGACUUUGAGUCCCUGCAGAAGAGGUUCAGGGAUGAGCAGCGGAGGUCCCGUGCUCUGGCGGAGGAGCUGGAGGUGGCAAAGAGGGAGCUGUCGAGGUAUGAGCAGGCGGAGAAGCAGGAGGUCAACCAGGAGCACCUUCUCCUUUGCCGUCUUCAGAAGGAGCAGGUCAAGUCCAGACUGCUGGGCAGAGAGGUGGACGCCCUGAAGCAGAAGCUCCAGCAGCUGAUGGGAACCGAGGAGUCCGUCUGCAGGGCCCAGGCGGCCCGCUCCACGCUGCAGAGGAGGCUGACCCGGCAGGAGGCCAGUAACCAGGAGCUGGCCAGAGAGAUGAAGGAGCUGUGUGGCGAGUUGGACCGGCACGGGCAAGUGAAGAGUCUCACGCCGGGCGCCGACCGGCAUCGGGCCACCAAAGAGGUUCAGACCGAGCCGGCGGACUUUCGCGAGUCCGGCGAGGCACCGGGUGGAGAACACCGGGACGAGGAGAGACACAGCUCUCCGGUCAGCAACCUGAACAGCACCAACAACAACAUGAGCCGAUACGGCGUCGACGUGCACCAAGCGGCCAACGGGGAGGUGGUGAUGUUGACGCACACGCCGGGGCAGCCCUUGCAGAUCACGGUCACCCCCCAUCACAUCCUCAACACGGCCACGCUGGAGAUCAGCAGCCCCAACGGAGACGCCGCCGCCUCCUACACCAGCACGGCCCUCAUCGCCACCGGCGGAGCCUCGCCCAGACAGAGGAUCACGAUCAUCCAGAACUCGGCUCUGUCCGCAGUCAACGCCAGGACCCCGCCGCCGAGCCCCGACCGCACCGCCUCGCCGAUCUCUCGGGCGUCGAAUCCAAAUUCGCCGCGCUGCGCGACGCCCGACCGCGGCGGCUCCCCGGUCCAGGUCGGCGCCGCGAGGACCGCCUCCCCGGAGCCCGCCGACGGCGCGAAUCCGGCGGUCUGCCGCGAGACGCCGGAGCGGCGGAGCAGCCGGCAACCUCAGAGGACCGGCGGCGGCGGCGCGGACACGAGUCCCGGCAUCGUCGCCACGGAGGAUAACAGGAUCCACAUCCACCUGGGGAGCCCGUACGGCCAGUCGCUGAACGGGACCACCCCCGUCGGGCCGUACUACCUCCGGCACGAGCAGAGGACUCAGGUGCUCGCCAGCGGCUGCCACGUCAAAGGCGUCGGCGUGAUUACGAGUAGCAUCACGAUAUCCCCCGCUGCCUCUUCAGCUUCACAUUCCUCCAACAUCACAGUAAGUGGCCUUUUCCAUUAGGUGAACAUGAAUAUAUUCUCAACAUGUAGGAUUAUGGUUUCAGUCGCAUCCGCCGGGCCAGACCACGAAAGCAAUUCACUCCAUCUAAUGAAAACCCAGAGUUUUUUUGGUAUCAUUCAUGAAAUAAAUGCCUUGUGUUCUUCAUCCAAUAAGAGCCUUUGUGUAUCCUAUUCGAUCUAGUUAGUGUGUGCUUAGACUGACUGACUUUAAUAAACCCGUGUGAGAGCGAAGAGACGCCGUAUGGCUGCCAAAUAUGUGAUGUGCUUUUUUCAAUUUUCAUCAUUGUUCAUUUUCUGUUUAUUAAAAAUGUUUGUUGUGAUUUUAUUCA